UUCAAAUAUUACUGGGGCGGAGGUGCGGGCGUGGUGUAGAGGGGAAGGGCCAAUAACCAGAAAGCAGCCUUUGCCAAUCAUGACCUACUUCCGGACUGUGCGUUCCACCUUACUUCCGGACUGUGCGUUCCACAUACAGGAAGUGAGUUUUCAUCGACUGCUGCUGCCUCCCAGUGUCCGUGGAGAUCAGGGUUACACAGUUGUGAAGAAGAUAUCUGGUGAGUGUGAGACACCCAGCAGCCAUCCUCUUGUGUCAGGCGGACUAAGCAGGACCCACAGCCCCAUCACAGUGCCUCCACCUCACUCACUAAUACAUGAGAGACACAGUGACCAGAAGAUCCUGGAACUCACCAACAAGAUCAUUCAGCUGCUGAAAGGAGAGGAGGGGGAAUAUAUAGAGGAACACAGGGGUCUGUACAAGGACAUGAUGAUGGAGAAUCACCGGCCCCUCACAUCACUGGAUGGGCCCAGUAACAGAGAUACCCCAGAGAGAUGUCCCCGUCCCCUGUAUUACCAGGAUUGUACAGAGGAGAAUCACAGGAUCCCACAGGAGGAUCAGGUAGAACGUCUGUCUAAUAUUAAAACAGAAGAUACAGAGGGAGAAGAAGAGACGUAUGUGACUGAUAUAAAGGCAGAAGAUAUAGAGGGAGAAGAAGAGACGUAUGUGACUGAUAUGAAGGCAGAAGAUAUAGAGGGAGAAGAAGAGAUGUAUGUGACUGAUAUAAAGGCAGAAGAUAUAGAGGGAGAAGAAGAGACAUAUGUGACUGAUAUAAAGGCAGAAGAUACAUUGGGAGAAGAAGAGACGUAUGUGACUGAUAUAAAGGCAGAAAAUAUAGAGGGAGAAGAAGAGACGUAUGUGACUGAUAUUAAAACAGAAGAUAUAGAGGGAGAAGAAGAGACGUAUGUGACUGCUAUAAAGGCAGAAGAUAUAGAGGGAGAAGAAGAGACGUAUGUGACUGAUAUGAAGGCAGAAGAUAUUGAGGGAGAAGAAGAGACGUAUGUGACUGAUAUAAAGGCAGAAGAUAUAGAGGGAGAAGAAGAGACGUAUGUGACUGAUAUAAAGGCAGAAGAUACAGAGGGAGAAGAAGAGACGUAUGUGAGAGGUGAUCAGCAGUGUAAGGAGGAGGAAAUCCCUACAGAUAUCAACACAGCAGAUGGACACACAAGCAGGAAUAUCUCAGAAGGACGUCUAAUGUUAUCCCCGGAUUGUGACAUAAAAGAUGACAGUAGACAGGAUUCUCCAGGAAAUAAUCCCAUUACCCCAAUUAUACAUCCAGCUCUAUCAUCUGAUCCCCCUGAUCCUGGGAAAUGUUCUCCUGAUCACUCUGAUAUUGGAGCAUUUGUUACAGCUCUGAGAGUAGAUACAGUGUUUCCCUGUUCUAUAGAUGCCAAAUGUUUUACACAGAACACAAAGCUUAUUACCCAUCAGCCAGCUAAGGCAGCUGAGAGGCAAUUUCCAUGUUCUGAGUGUGGAAAAUGUUUUACAUACAAAUCAGCUCUUGUUAGACAUCAGAGAAGUCACACAGGUGAGAGGCCAUUUCCAUGUUCUGACUGUGGAAAAUGUUUUACUUGGAAAUCAUGUCUUGUUACACAUCAGCAAAGUCACACAGGUGAGAAGCCAUUUCCAUGUUCUGAGUGUGGGAAAUGUUUUGGCCGGAAAUCACAACUUGUUAUACAUCAGAGAACUCACACAGGUGAGGGGCCAUUUCCAUGUUCUGACUGUGGAAAAUGUUUUACUUGGAAAUCAUGUCUUGUUAGACAUCAGCAAAGUCACACAGGUGAGAAGCCAUUUCCAUGUUCUGAGUGUGGGAAAUGUUUUGGCCGGAAAUCACAACUUGUUAUACAUCAGAGAACUCACACAGGUGAGAGGCUAUUUCCAUGUUCUGACUGUGGAAAAUGUUUUACUUGGAGAUCAAGUCUUGUUACACAUCAGCAAAGUCACACAGGUGAGAAGCCAUUUCCAUGUUCUGAGUGUGGGAAAUGUUUUGCCCGGAAAUCACAUCUUGUUAUACAUCAGAGAAGUCACACAGGGGAGAAGCCAUUUCUAUGUUCUGAGUGUGGGAAAUGUUUUGCAGACAAACCAGAGCUUGUUAGACAUCAGAGAAGUCACACAGGUGAGAAGCCGUUUCCAUGUUCUGAGUGUGGGAAAUGUUUUGCAGACAAACCAGGGCUUGUUAGACAUCAGAGAAGUCACACAGGUGAGAAGCCAUUUUCUUGCUCUGAGUGUGAGAAAUGUUUUUCACGGAAAUCACAUCUUGUUGAUCAUCAGCGAAGUCACACAGGUGAGAAGCCAUUUCCAUGUCCUGAGUGUGGGAAAUGUUUUGCAGACAAAUUACAUCUUGUUAGCCAUCAGAGAAGUCACACAGGUGAGAAGCCAUUUUCUUGCUCUGAGUGUGAGAAAUGUUUUGCCCAGAAAUCACAACUUGUUAGACAUCAGCUAAGUCACACAGGUGAGAGGCCAUUUCCAUGUUCUGAGUGUGGGAAAUGUUUUGCCCUGAAAUCAGAUCUUGUUAAACAUCAGAGAAGUCACACAGGUGAGAAGCCAUAUUCUUGCUCUGAGUGUGGGAAAUGUUUUACACAGAACUCAUAUCUUGUUAUACAUCACAGAAGUCACACAGGUGAGAAGCCAUUUCCAUGUUCUGAGUGUGGGAAAUGUUUUAGCCAGAAAUCACAUCUUGUUACACACCAGAGAAAUCACACAGGUGAGAAGCCGUAUUCCUGUUCUGAGUGUAUGAAAUGUUUUGCACAGAAAUCAGAUCUUGUUACACAUCAGAGAAUUCACACUGGUGAGAAGCCAUUUCCAUGUUCUGAGUGUGGGAAAAUUUUUACAAAUAAAUCAACUCUUGUUACACAUCAGAGAAGUCACACAGGUGAGAAGCCGUAUUCCUGUUCUGAGUGUAUGAAAUGUUUUGCACAGAAAUCAGAUCUUGUUACACAUCAGAGAAGUCACACUGGUGAGAAGCUAUUUCCAUGUUCUGAGUGUGGGAAUUUUUUUACAAAUAAAUCAAAUCUUGUUACACAUCAGAGAAGUCACACAGGUGAAAAGCCGUAUUCCUGUUCUGAGUGCUCAAAAUGUUAUACUCGGAAAUCACAACUUGUUAGACAUCAGAGAAGUCACACAGGUGAAAAGCCGUAUUCCUGUUCUGAGUGUAUGAAAUGUUUUGCACAGAAAUCAGGUCUUGUUACACAUCAGAGAAGUCACACAGGUGAGAAGCCGUAUUCCUGUUCUGAGUGCUCAAAAUGUUAUACUCGGAAAUCACAACUUGUUAGACAUCAGAGAAGUCACACAGGUGAGAAGCCGUAUUCCUGUUCUGAGUGUAUGAAAUGUUUUGCACAGAAAUCAGAUCUUGUUACACAUCAGAGAAGUCACACUGGUGAGAAGCCAUUUCCAUGUUCUGAGUGUGGAAAAUGUUUUGCAGCGAAAUCAAAUCUUGUUACACAUCAGAGUAGUCACACAGAUGAGAAGCCAUUUUCCUGUUCUGAGUGUGGGAAAUGUUUCACACAGAAAUCAGCCCUUGUUACACAUAAGAGAAGUCACACAGGUGAGAAGCCAUAUACCUGUUCUGAGUGUGGGAAAUGUUUUUCAUCUAAAUCAGUUCUUGUUAGACAUCAGAGAAGUCACACAGGUGAGAAGCCGUAUUCCUGUUCUGAGUGUGGGAAAUGUUUUGCACAGAAAUCAGUUCUUGUUAAACAUCAGCGAUUUCACAGGUGAGAAGCCAUUUUCAUGCUGUGAGAGAAAUAAAUCCGCUCUUGUUGAACAUAUUAGACAUUACCCAAGCACAAACCCAUUUAAAUCUUCUGGAGUAUAAUUAUCACUGUCAUGCAAUGUUCCUCAAGGGUCAAUCCUAUCUCCUAUGCUUCAUGCAAUAUACAGUCUGGUCCAUAUAUAUUGGGACAUCGACACAAUUCUCAUAUUUUGGGCUCUAUACACCAUCACAAUGGAUUUGAAAUUAAACAAACAAGAUGUGCUUUACCUGCAGAUUUUCCACUUUAAUUUGAGGGUAUAUACAUCAAAAUCAGGUGAACUGUGUAGGAAUUAAAAUGGUUUUUAUAUGUGCCUCCCACUUUCUAAGGGACCAAAAGUAAUGGUACAAACUAAACAAUCCUAAAUCAAAUAUUGUAAAUCAGAUCAGUGCGCUCGUCCAGUUCAACAAAAAGUACUUUACUACUUAAUGUGGUCGCAGCCCGGAUCAGUGUUUCGUGAAUUGAGCUUUGACAUAUUUUCCAAGGCGAUCUGAUUACCAUCUCCUAGAUGAAGACCUGGAUACAAUAUCCAUACUGAUAUGCAAAUAUUUAUUUAUCUGGUACGCAUAUAAAUUUUGUGGUAACUGAAUUUAAUCCCACAUAUGGAAAUAUACUACGCUAUAUAGCGAUUCUUUGUGUCUCCUAGCAGCAUUUAGAUCCCAGUAGUAACCUGGACUAAAGAAUGGGGGAUUGAUACGCCAUGUGUCAAGCCGUAAUCCGUACGCUAUAAUAUUCUUGCGUGUGACAAAACUAGUGAUGAGCGGAUUCGGUUUUACUCUGUUCUCAAAACGGCAUCUUAUUGGCUUACAGAUGUCAUGUGUUUUGUAUAGCCAAUAAGAUUCUGUUUUGAGAUCCGAGUAAAACCGAAUCCGCUCAUCACUAGACAAAACUGAUUGAAAAAUACUACACCAUAGUCGCUCUCUUGUUUCUUCCUUUGUUUCCAGAAUCCUAAAUCAAACUUUUACUUUUUAAUACUUUGUUGCAAAUCCUUUUGUCAGUUACAGCUUGAAGUCUGGAAAGCAUAGACAUCACCAGACGCUGGGUUUCAUCCCUGGUGAUGCUAUGCCAGGCCUCUACUGCAAAUGUCUUCAGAUCCUGCUUGUUCUUGGUGCAUUUUCUCUUCCGUUUUGUCUUCAUCAAGUAAAAUGCAUGCUCAAUCGGAUUCAGGUCAGGUGAUUGACUUGGCCAUUGCAUAACAUUCCACUUAUUUGCCUUAAACGCUUUGGUUGCUUUCGCAGUAUGCAUCGGGUCAUUGUCGAUCUGCACUGUGAAGCGCCUUCCAGUGAGUUCCGAAGCAUUUGACUGAAUAUGAGCAGAUAAAAUUGCCCAAAACACUUCAGCAUUCAUCCUGCUGCUUUUAUCAGCAGUCACAUUAUCAAUAAAUACAAGGAAACCAGUUCCAUUGGCAUCCAUACAUGCCCACGCCAUGACACUACCACCACCAUGCUUCACUGAUGAGCUGGUAUGUUUUGGAUCAUGAGCAGUUCCUUUCCUUCUCCAUACUCUUUUCUUCCCAUCACUCUGGUACAAGUUGAUAUUUGUCUCAUCUGUCCAUAGGAUGUUGUUCCAGAACUGUAAAGGCUUUUUUAGAUGUUGUUUGCAAACUCUAAUCUGGUCUUCCUGUUUUAUUGCUCACCAAUGGUUUACAUCUUGUGGUGAACCCUCUAUAUUCACUCUUGUGAAGUCUUCUCUUGAUUGUUGACUUUGACACAUAUACACCUAUCUCCUGGAGAGUGUUCUUGAUCUGGGCAACUGUUGUGAUGGGGUUCGUGCUAUUUAGUACACUAGUAGUGUACUAAAUAGCACGAACAGCUUGUAACGUAGAGUGGCAAGUUUAAUCUUUCUAUGUAUAAUGGAGAGAAAUAAAAGCUUCUCCCUAAGUUCCUGGAUGCCAAAUCACUGUCCUUAGUAUCUCUGUACAGUUUUUUCUAUUAGAGUACUAAUUAGCACGAACAUCUUAUAAUGUACAACACAGAUUCUCACAACACAGAUUCUCUAACGCCGACGAUCUACAGUACUGUGUUGCUCGAACAGUUAGUUGCGUCAGAAUACACUAAUUUAUAUUUACUGGUAUGUCUAUACGUGCUCAUUACCGCUGUGUAUUUUAGGUAGUGAAUGAGUCACUCCUGCAGAUUUACCCCGAUUUGUGUGAAACCUGUGUGCACCCUUCUGUUGAAUGUUUUACAAUGGAUUACACAGAAAAAAUAAUAAAGUGAAUGUCACUGGAACACAAAAAAAAUUGACACUUUGGGAAUCGAACCGGUACUCAGCGUGGCAGACCGGAGCCUUCAUCGCUAGCCCACAGCACUGCAUGGAAGAUUCUCAAGUUCAUGUGUAAAAGUACUGCAAAGAGCGAUUCCUUCCCAUUGGUGUUUGUUUAUGCCGUUAGGGGACUCGGACACUCAUUUUGUGCACUGUACAUACUGUAAAGUCAAUGAGCUACAUUAUUCCUUUCACACAUUAGUUGUGUCUGCAUACACAAGUGUUUUAACACGUUCAUUUGCGUCUGUAUAAACUAUACACACAGGGAUUUGGCAUCCAGAAACUUAGGGAGGAGCUUUUAUCUCUCCCCAUUAUACUUAAUACUACGGGAUUUGGACACUCGCAUAUCCCUAACAUCAAUAGACCAUACUGUAUCUGUAACACGUUCAUUUGCAUCUGUAUAUGCUGUACUAUUUGCACCUGUACUGUAUAUACUGUUAUAGACUUUAUGACAUAAUGUAGCGUAAUGAGACGCACCAGUAAAGUAGUUCUUACGCUGUAGUUCAGUAUUGUAUUUUAAUGGAGACCACACGCUUGCGCAUUGGUGAUUUAAAAAAGCGACAUCUGGUGGAUGAUCUUAGGUAUUACACUCAAAGGUAACGCCAAACACUCAGUGUGCCUUCCUACGACUAGGCGCGCCUCCUUGCGCCCAGGUACGCUGCGUAUGCCUGAUCGCGACUAACGCCUCAGCCAGCCAAGAUAACGGAGGACCCGUCUGUAUAUUUAGUUCCUAAAUAAUACAUCCCAAAUGCUUAGGUCUUUUUUCUGCUGUUUAUUUUGUAUCUUGUGCUUUGUGUAAAUGUGAAUGUCUAAUACCAGUUUCCACAAUCUGUAUUGCUGCACGACAAUAUGGCGGCCAUUGGAACGUGUUUUCACUUCUAGUUUGCCUAACUUGUUGCAGACACUCAUCUUGAUCAGGAGUGCUGAGUGUUUUCUGAUACAAGAUCCUAUCCGUAUAUACCCUGUACAUUAUCAUGUGCAUUAGAGUCACCCGGGUUCCAUCUGCGGUGGUUUGUUGUAUGUUACAUCUAUAUGGUGCGGAUACUCCUCUGUAUGAUUUCAUAAUAAAAGCUUUUGAUUGCAUCUAA